AUUCCAUUCGGAAUCGAAAUUCGAAGGAUCGAAUGCUCUGGACUCGGAAUUGCCCAUCACUAAUAACCUGAAGGAGAUGGGGAAAAAUAAAGGAAAGAAAGCUCCUCAAGUUUCAAAAGCAGAACGAAUGGUAAUGACCGUUUCUGAGAUUGUCCGUACUCUAAUUGAAGCACACGAAAAAGGAGAAGACGUUAAUUUAAACAGAUUAAAAGGAGAGGUGGCUAGUAAGAAUGGUCUCUCUACUCAACCUCGUCUUGUUGAUAUAAUAGCAGCUGUGCCUCCCGACUAUCGUAAAGCUUUGUUACCCAAAUUAAAGGCUAAACCUAUUCGUACAGCAUCGGGUAUUGCGGUUGUUGCCGUCAUGUGUAAGCCACACAGGUGCCCUCACAUCACCUUCACUGGUAACAUCUGCGUUUAUUGUCCUGGAGGUCCAGAUUCAGAUUUUGAAUAUUCUACACAGUCUUAUACAGGAUAUGAGCCAACAUCAAUGAGAGCUAUAAGAGCAAGGUAUAAUCCUUACCUUCAGUCAAAGCACAGACUAGCUCAGUUGAAGCAGCUGGGUCAUUCCAUUGAUAAGGUAGAGUACAUCGUGAUGGGCGGCACCUUCAUGGCACUGGACGACGCCUACAAAGACUUCUUCAUUCGUAAUCUUCACGACGCACUUUCUGGUCACACAAGCAACUCUGUUGAAGAAGCUGUCAAAUAUUCUGAGAGGAGUAUUGUAAAAUGCAUUGGCAUUACAAUAGAGACAAGGCCGGACUACUGCCUCAGAAAGCACUUGAGUCAGAUGCUCUCCUAUGGCUGUACUAGAUUAGAAAUCGGAGUGCAGAGUGUCUAUGAGGAUGUAGCCAGAGACACAAACAGAGGUCACACUGUGAAUGCAGUAUGUGAGUCCUUCGUGGCAGCCAAGGAUGCUGGUUUUAAAGUAGUGGCCCACAUGAUGCCUGACCUACCUAAUGUUGGACUGGAGAGAGAUAUAGAGCAAUUCAUUGAAUUUUUUGAGAACCCUGCUUUCAGAGCAGACGGACUCAAAAUCUACCCAACCCUCGUAAUAAGAGGAACUGGACUAUACGAACUAUGGAAAACAGGUCGAUACAAGAGUUACCCACCAUCAGUCCUUGUUGAUUUAGUGGCUCGGAUACUCUCCCUCGUUCCUCCAUGGACUCGAGUAUAUCGGGUACAAAGGGAUAUACCAAUGCCACUGGUAACCUCAGGGGUGGAGCAUGGUAACUUGAGGGAGCUAGCAUUAGCUAGGAUGAACGAUCUUGGGACUAAAUGUCGUGAUGUUAGGACUAGGGAGGUUGGGAUACAAGAGAUUCAUCACAAGGUCAGUCCUUACGAGGUUGAGCUGAUUCGAAGAGACUACGUCGCUAAUGGAGGCUGGGAAACGUUCCUAUCUUAUGAAGAUCCUAAGCAAGAUAUUCUUAUUGGGCUCCUUCGCCUCAGAAAAUGUUCAGAAGAAACCUACCGACCAGAAUUGGUCGGAGGUGUCUCCAUUGUACGAGAAUUACAUGUCUAUGGCAGUGUUGUUCCAGUUAGUUCGAGAGAUCCAGGAAAAUUCCAGCACCAGGGAUUCGGGAUGUUACUGAUGGAAGAAGCGGAAAGGAUCGCAUUGGAAGAGCAUGGCUCUAACAAGAUUGCUGUCAUUUCUGGUGUCGGUACACGGAAUUAUUAUCGCAAGAUUGGCUACGAACUAGAAGGCCCAUACAUGACAAAGAGUUUAUUGUUAUGAUACUAAUGAUUGUUAUUAUCUGUAUUCAUGCUUAUUUGUAAAAUCAUUGUGCUUUUGUCUGUA